GAGUUUCCUUCUCUUAGAAAACAGUUAUUAGUUGGCAACAGUUGGAUCAGAGCAAGCGCGCACACACUGUAAACCUCUGCAGUUUAGCAAUGAUGGGUAAAAUACUGGCUCAGCUUCUCAUUUGCUUUUGGAUAACUUUGCCAUUCUGUGUCACCGAAAAAGCUAAAGAAAGGAGUGCCCGGCAAAGAGACGCGGAGUUUACUGACAAGUACCAGACAUGCAUGCAGGGUGUACCUGGAGUGCAAGGCAGGGAUGGGAACCCGGGGAUAAAUGGCAUUCCAGGAACACCGGGAAUCCCUGGGAGAGAUGGACUUAAAGGCGAGAAGGGAGAGUGUGUGACAGAGAGGUUUGAGGAUCCCUGGAAACCUAACUUCAAACAGUGUGCUUGGAAUUCUUUAAACUACGGCAUUGAUCUGGGCAAAAUAGCUGAGUGCACAUUCACCAAGCUACGUCCAGACAGUGCUCUGCGUGUGCUGUUCAGCGGUUCACUCCGACUUAAGUGUAAGACGGCCUGCUGUCAGCGCUGGUACUUCACCUUUAAUGGGGCAGAAUGCAUUGGACCGUUACCCAUAGAAUCCAUCAUUUACCUGGACCAGGGCAGCCCUGAACUCAACUCCACCAUAAACAUACACAGGACGUCCACAGUUGAGGGACUCUGUGAAGGGAUCCAGGCUGGUCUGGUGGAUGUUGGGAUAUGGGUGGGCACUUGUGCCGACUACCCUCGGGGUGAUGCAUCUACAGGAUGGAACUCUGUAUCCAGGGUGAUCAUUGAAGAGCUUCCAAAAUGAGCAUUCCAUCUAACUGAUCACUGUCGUCGUCACCAUAGCAAUAGAAGACAGCGACAUCAUGUUCCUUUCACAGAAAGGACCUUCCUCAUAGAAAUGGGACAAAUUAAAGCUAAUAGUGUUGCUUUGAGUCUGUGCAACUCUCAUGUUGUAUAAGAUUAUUAUUCUCCAGCUCAGUUAAGAGGGAUUCAGUAUGCUCAAUUUAGUACAGAUAUUUAGAGAGAAAUAAGCAUCAUGUUAGUACUAUGGUUCUUUGGACAAUACCAUGAUGAAAAUUUGAAUGAUGUAAAAGUACCUUGUACUAUGUAAAUAUCAUGGUAAAUGAAUAUGGUAAUGAAACAGUACCAUGUUGUUACCCUUAGAUGUCAUCACUGUACCAUGUUAUUGUCAUAGUACUUUUUUUUACGUAGAGUCCAACAAAGAUGAUCUUUGCUUUGCUAAUAUUUAUUUAGUGGUUUUUCUUUAUGCCUGGAUGACUAGAACUCAACAUAUUUUUGUAUCCAUUGUGUUUUUUUUUUAUUACCAAAAACUAUGAAGAAAAGUCAGGGUCUUGUUUCAUCUCACAAAUAAAAAAUGUAAUGUGGAAACAAA